AUAAAAAAAAAAAUAUUAGCUGGCGAGGAACGAUAUUUGAAAAACGGAACCUGAAGCAUGUCGCGAUGAAUUUUGCAUUUAACGAAGCACGCGAUGAGGAAAACAGAACCGCCCACUUUGAUGCCAGGCCGUACUUUCUGGAGGCGUGCCGAAGACGACAGAUGGGCACACGAAGUUCGGGAAAAGGAUCUUCUCUCGCUGGAUUGAACUUUCAGUCGGCGAGAUGGACGCUUCGAGAAGGCGUCCUGGCACGGCGGACUCCUCCGGAGGUUUCCGCAAAGGGAAUUAUUCCGCUGAAGAGGCCAUGUCCUUGUCCUUGAAGAUCCUGCACCUCGUGGGGAUGUGGCCGGCGGGGAAGAGCGCCGCCUACCAGCUGUACACGGUCGUCAUGUGCUCGAGCUACCCGCUCUUCUACCUGAUGAUGGCCUGGUUCUUCCUGGCCGGAGGGAAGACGACGACCAUGUACCUGGAGCAAGCGGGCGUGGUCCUGGCGUUCGUCCCGGUGACGUUCAACGUGGUGACGGUCCUGCUGAAGAGACGGCGGCUCCGGGAAGUCGUCGACCGCCUGAGGUCCUUCGCGGAGCGCACCCGGUGCGCGGGAGUCCUGCGCGACGCCGUCAAACAGGAGAGGAGGGUGGUCCUGCUGGUGUCCGUCGCGUGCCUGCUGGGCGGCUCGUCCAUGCUGGUCGAGCCCGUGGGGACAUACUACACGGUCCCCGACGACUCCAACACCACCGCAGGGCUCAGCCUCGUCUUGGAGAUAUACCCCGAGGGCCAGCUGGGCGGCUUAGCCUUCGCCGCCAUGUUCGCCUUCCAGGGCCUGGUGUUCCUCGGCCUGUUCGUGACCUUCGUGCCCGUGGAGGUAUUCCUGUCCGUGCUGGUACUCCACGCCGCCGGCCAGUUCGAGGCGCUCGUCAUUCUGGUGAGAAACUCCGGCUGUCUCGACAGACGAUGGCCUUCGGGCACCGGGGAGGGACACACACCUGGCCAGUCCCAGACGAGAAGAGGACACCCCGCUGGGUCGAAGGAUGACUUACUGCAGCUCACGUCCGAGAUGCCUGAAACUCGGCCCCACAAAAAAAAGCCCGCUUCGAGCACAGGGAUGUGUUCGGAUCCAGCAGAAAGCAGAGAUAUGGCACGUGUCUGGCAAAAUAUUGUUGCCUGCCAUCAGGAAGCUUUGAGGAAUGCGACGGAGUUGUGUGAACUUCUUAGAAUGGUACUGUUUCUAUACUAUGCACUGACGUCUGUUGUGAUAUGCAUGAUAUUGUAUCAAUUUAACGCCGCUGAAAGUGUUUUCGCAAAGGUCUAUAACUGCUUCUACUUGACUGCUGUUUUAUUGCGACUGUUCAUCAUGAGUUUUCUCUCAACCAGGCUUUCAAAAAAGAGCGAGCAGAUAAGUGACGAAGUAGCUGCCACCGAGUGGUACGAGUACAACAACGGAGUGAAGGUGACCCUGGUCAUCAUGAUGAGCAGAGCCCAGAGACCUGUGCAGAUGUGGGCAGGGAGGUUCGCCGUCAUGUCUCUGGAGACGUUCAGCGCCAUACUCAACGCUGCGUACAGCUAUUUCAACGUUCUCAAUAGAGUUACAUGAGUGA